AUGUCUCCUCGGUCAAGGAGAAAUGCAGUGUCCUAUUUUAACGUGAUGGUCGUCGGCUUCUCGGGCGUCGGCAAGACAUCGUUUAUCAAAACGCUCAUGGCAGCCCUGAACAGUGAAGUGUCCAAGGACAAGCGUGAGUCGUUUGGAAGCCAACCCGCCGACUCGAACGCUCUUGCAGGGCCGCUGACAAAGACACUCAAGCCAUACACGGCGUCGGCCGGCAUUGACGUAGAUGGUGAAAAGAUCAUGUUCACUGUCAUUGACACACCGGGUUUCCAGAGCGACUAUUUGAUUGACAAACAGCUGCAUGAUAUUCUUGGUUAUAUCGAACACCAAUUUGAUUUGACACUGGCCGAGGAGAGCAAAGUGAAGCGAAACCCAAAGGCCGUCGACACUCAGGUACACGCAUGUCUGUAUGUGAUCGACCCGACGAAACGUGCGCUGGACCAGUACGAUAUUCGCAUCUUAACCCGGCUCGCAGAGCGUGUCAACGUCAUCCCUGUCGUCGGCAAGGCAGACACACUGACCUUAGCACAACGCCGUCGAUUGAAGCCAACCAUCCUCCGCGACAUUUACACCACACAAAAGAUACCUCUCUACGGCAUGCCCGAGGACGAAGAGGAAGACGAGGAAGACGACGAGGAAGAGGAAAAGACGGAAGAGAAGCAAGACAACAAUAACAGUUAUAAGAACGACGACUUCCUCAGCCAAUUUAACUAUGAAGAGGAAGAUGAAGAGACGCAGGCUUUCCUCGACUACUUGAAGCUCAUUCCCUUCAGCGUCAUUGCAUAUGAGGAUGAUCCAGAAACGGGCGACCCGAUCGAGAUUGAGGGCAUCAAGAUUGGACGCGAUUAUGGCUGGGGCAAGAUCGACUGUCUGAGUGACAGCACGAGCGAUUUCAACAGUUUGAAGACGAUGCUGCUCUCGACACACCGCCGAAUCCUCCAGACUGAAACGGUUGAACGGUACUACGAGCAAUACCGCACGGAGCGACUGUUGAUCAAACGAGCGACCAAGCUGAAGAGUAUGGAUGUUGGCAAGAAGCUUCUUGACGAUUUGAACCAGCUUAAAUAA